CUUUCUCCUUGGUUUUGCUGCUUACUCACUGCCUGCCUAAGGCUUGUUGCAGCGGAAGGAAACGGCAGCGCUGGAAAAGGCUCCUGGCUGCAAUCUACGCCAUGGAGGCGAGACACUAACCUUUUCCCUGAGAUUGGCGACCGGGUUGUGGCUGCUGCUGCUGCUGCUCCGUGCCCGUAGCAAUGUCCAAGGAGUCAUACAAUAGUCCUGCUGAAAAUGGGCAAUGCAAGAGUGAGGUGGAGAAUGGGCAUCCAAAUUUGUCGCCCCCCACCCUUGGCACAUCCACGGUGGAGGAGAUGGUCCAGCAAAUGAAAGAGCUCAUUAUGGAGAACAAUGAGCUUAAAGUAGCCAUGAGGCAACGUAACCAAGCUAUGAAGGCUCGCUUUGAAGAGAUUUCUGUGUGGAAAGAGAAGCUGAAAGAAGAGCGGGAGUUCUUUGAGACUAAAUUCAAGGAAGCUAGACAAUGCUUGGCAACUAAAUGUGUUGAGAAUGAAGAACUCAAAAAACAACUCAAGACCCUAGAAGAAAGAGAGGAAGGGCUCACAAAUGGAUGCCCAGUUUCUAAAAAGGAGAUGGCACAAGAACUGGAGCAGCUGAAGACCCAAGUGAUGAAGCUCCAGGCUGAAAAGGCGGAUCUGGUGGCCAUAAUUUCAGAGCUGCAGCUUAAACUCAACAGUUCCACAACCGAAGACUCAUUUGUUGAAAUCAGGAUGCAGGAAGGAGAAGUGAAUGGAGCCUUAAAAGAAAAUCAAGAUCUUAAUAGCAAAAUAAUGGGUGACACAGCUACCUAUAUCAGGAGCAGAUCUGUGGAUGAAGCAAAAAAAUAUCUGGAAACUGAAGAGUUAACCGUCAGCCAGCUUCUUCAUUCUCUCCGGAACGAGACUCAGAAGAGGGAAGCGUUGGAAAAAGAGGUGCAGGAACUCAAGAACAGGCUCUUGAGACUUGAAAAUAAAACGGAUGAGAGAGGCACUCAAACAGAACAUGAGGAAGAGGAAGCCAACGAGAAAGCAGAAAGCAUGGGCAAUGAAGUGGAAACUCUAAACCUGCAAGUGACUGCCUUGUUCAAAGAACUUCAGGAGACGCAUGCGAAGUUGCAAGAAGCCGAGGUGAUCCAGAAGAGGUUGCAAGAAAAGUGUCAGAUUCUUGAAAGACAACGUUGUGAAAGUGCUGGAGACCUGGAUGAGAAGCAGCAGCUGUUGUACGCCGUUAAGAAGCUGGAACUUCAGGUGGAGAGCAUGCAGUCGGAGAUCAAGCUGGAGCAAGCCAAAACAAAGGAUGAGAAAGCCAAAUUUAAUACACUGCAGGAUGCAUACAGCAAACUCCUACCUGAACUGACGGACGCAAUGCAGACAGUUGAAGAAUUGAAAAACAAAGAGGCCGAAAGGGUAGAUAAGGCAGUGGCCGAGGAGCUGAUUCACAAGCUGGAUCUAGCAGAGAAAGCACUGGCUGCCAAACAAUUCCAGAUAGACGAGAUGAAGCAGACCAUUGCCAAGCAGGAGGAAGAGCUGGAGACCGUGGCUGUCCUCCAAGCACAGAUGGAGGUGUAUUGUUCUGACUUCCACGCUGAAAGAGCAGCACGGGAGAAGAUCCACGAAGAAAAGGAGCAACUAGCUGUGCAGCUGACAUACUUACUGACAGAGAAGCAGGACCGUGAAGACCUUGGCAGGAACUCACUGGCAGAAAUGCAAACUCGCCAUGGAACUAGACUACCAUCAGAUCAGGAUAAUUUAUCGCACUUUUCCCAAGGAGGAACAGAAGAUCAAGAUGGUUGGCGGCAGCAACAAAGGAAUCUCCCGGUACAUUCUUGCCCAAAGUGUGAAAUGAUUCUUCCUGAUAUAGAUACGCUUCAGAUUCAUGUUAUGGACUGUAUAAUCUAAGCACUGUCCUCAAAAAAUGCUCAUAAAUGAGAACUGCACUUUCUAAGCAAAUGUGUCUAUUCCCACUCUCUUCUAGAGAGCCUGAUCUUUGGAAUUUAAUAGGCUUUUUGUAUUAAUUUCAACGGGAAUUGUUAGGCUUUAGUUAUUUGUAACAGAGAUUUCCUUUGAGCAAGAAUGAGUAUUUUUAAACAAGUGAUCAGAUCUCUUUCUAGCUGGCUGAAGACGGCUGUUAUAAUAAUUAUUUGAACUAAGAUGGUUAAAAGAGUGAGAAUAUUAAUUCCACUGGGAAGUUUUGUUACUUGAGAGUUGGAAGGUUGUGCAUGUGCGCAUGUGAAUUUAUGUAUGCGCAUGAACACGUGUUUGCAUAUUUUUGCAGCCUUGUGGGCAACUACAAGUGAACCCAUAUACAAUCUCUGAUGCAUCACUUGAGUUCAUGUAUAUGUUCACAUACUAUAUGCUUGUGGAUAUGUGAAUGAAAGAGUGUGUGAUAAUUUUAAUCAGAAAGAAAAACGAGUCAAGAUCCUGCAGAACUUCUUGAGUUCGACUGCUCUGAGGUCCCACUUACAAUUAUGGUGUUUGCUACAUUCUUAGAUGUGGCUGCACCGGGGUCUGGCACAGUUGCUGCACAUGCCUAGCACUUUUCAAGGUAGUAGAAGUUAUUGCUUUCAGUGUUGGAGCUCUCACUGAUUCCUGCAAGUAUGAGUGGAAUUGAGAAAGAUGUUGAGACAGAAUAUUGAGGAAACAAAAUUAGUGCCGAUAUGAUUUGCAGGUUUGGUUUAUUUCUGAUUGAGAAAUGAGUGUAUAUAUUUGACUGAUUUAAUAAUAUAUUUUAGUAGUUGAACAUAUUAAAUAAAAAACUAUAUUCUUUUUCCAAAGGCACCUUAAACAUGUACAGUUCUCAGUGGCUUGUGGAUUUUACUGUUUAACCAAAGGUAUAAGAUUACAUUAGAUUAACUGGUCCUAAAAGGCAGUAUCCAUUGUGACACUACCGCUUAUGUAAAUGAGCAAUAGCACAGAAACACCUACACCUUCCAGGGAAACAUGUCACUCCAGCAAGCGCUGUCGGUGUUGCACUCAAGAUCAUUUACUCUAGUGCAACACAAUUUACACUAGCAGUAGCGUCACAUUGGAUACUGCCCGAAAUAUCUAUCUUGUUGGUAUGUUGUUUCACCUUUUACUUAUUUUUUUAAUCACCUAGACAUAAUGUUUAAAAAAGACAAUGACAUGAGCUAAUUGAGUUAUGGUACUGUAAGAAAAAUAAAACCAUGUUAUAAAA